AUGGCUUCUCCGCGACUUCUCCAACCGCAAACCUCGUCCCAGGACCACACCUUACACACCCCCCCAGGCACUCCUCCGACAGGCCACAACCACACUCAGACUCUCGUCGAAUACAAAAUGGACAGCCCAGAGCCGCACCGACCUGCUACCCCGGAAAAGAAUGGCAGAUCCUCUUUCUCGUCCAUUCGCGAGAACGACUCCGACUUAGCCCAGACGUUCACUUCCUCAAAAGUCUCUUCCUACGCACAGAAAGCAACCAACGCCGUGUUCGACGACUCCUCUGCCUCACCCUCGCCGAUCGCCUCACCUUCCCUCGAGAUGGCUGAAGUUCAGUUCAUGCCCCCCGUCACCCACCCCAGCAGCAGACUUCAUGGCGGCUGGUAUCCUGCUUCCAGCUUCAAGGGCUGGAAGCAAAUCAAUGUCAAGGGCAAGACGGCUAGCAAGAGCUUCAGUGACCUCCAGGCACUGCACAUGUCAUGGAGCACUCCUCCUCCUUCACCCAAGGGCAACAAGCCUACCAACUGCCGCGCGCCCAUGGAGAGACUGCCAUUGGAGAUUCUAGGAUCCAUUAUCGAGCUCCUGGUCCUUGACAUCCCUCCGCCGUACGGCACUGCGCGCCGCAAUGUCGACUUGAUGUCCUUGCUUCUGACCUCGAGAUCGGUGCACGCCGCAACCCUCAACACCCUGUACAAGCACAUUACCAUUCCUCACUCGAGAAUCUUCCGCAAGUUCCUGUCCAACAUCACAACACACCCUGCACUAGGCACCAUUGUACGGCGCAUCGACUUCAGCCACUUCAAUAACGCGACUCUUUUCGAGUCUGCCAGCGAGCGCAAGGGCACGCGGAACCUGACGGAGGAGACAUUAUUACAAUGCUUGGAGCUUACACCGCACCUCCAAGAGUUCCUGGCUAUGGAGCAUAUUGACGAUGACCUCGGCGCUGAGGUGAUGCAGAAGCUCUUCUUCGGCAUGCCUCGCCUGCAGGCUUUGGACUUCGCCGGGUGCACAUCACCGUCUUUCAAGAACUCUUUUGCAUCUCUGGUAGACAUGGACUGGCCCGAGACGCUUUCGAUUACUCGCCUCUCACUUCACAAGUGCCUGACGCUCCCUCCCGCGCUUUUCGAGAAGAUCAUGCCACGCCUCACCAACGUCACGCACCUGGACCUUGCCCAGACCAAGAUCACCGACCGAGCGCUGCAGGCCAUCCCGAAGACGGCCAAGAUUACCCACUUGAACCUCGCCAAGUGCACACUGCUCACGGCUCCCACCGUUAUCAACUUCCUUGCGACUCAUCCGGCGGUCAGGAACCUCGUCUACCUGAGCGUGGCUACCGAUGCUCGGAGUCACCAACUUCUGGAUGUGGAGGACGUUUCGCAGCUCAUCCCUGUGCUGCCCAAGACGCUUCGGUCUUUGAGCCUAAAGGGUAGCCGCAUGGAUGACUCGCACCUUGAAUUACUCCGACCUCUGACCAAGUAUUUGGAGGAGCUCGCCGUCGGGCGCGACAUGGACGUCAAUGCCGCCGCUAAGCUGCUUGAGCCGGCGGACGAGAAGAAGCAGGAGGAGCCCCACACAAUCCGAUACCUGGACCUUUCGGACCUCUGGGGCAGCGAGUUGGAUAUUGUGGAUUUGUUUUCGAGCCGAAACUCGCUGCUAAAACCGAGCUCGGUGCCACUCGAGGUGGUUGAGAUCUCGGAGCAAUCUUUCAAGAGCCUAUCUCGGAAUAGGGCACUGGAGCGCGUCGGCUGGUCCCUGCAGGAGAUCGGAAGCCGAUGCUGGAUGGUCCGAAUGCAGGACCACCGCAAGGACCAGGACCGCGGCUACCGGUGGUGGAAGAUUGGCGCCGACAACUGGGGCAUGCGCAAGAUCCCGGUCGCGCGCGCCGAAGUCGGCGGUAUGUACGGGUCCUUUAUGUUUGGACGCAAGCUAUGA